CGCGAGAGCAGUGCGACGCGCGCCCCCGUCACCGGAGGAGGAGAAGCGAGGACCGAAGGCGGCAGGAAGACAAAAUAAAAUACAAACGGGCUGCUACCGGCGUUUUUUUAAUCCUCUCGCUUCCUGUAAAAUCGCAUCACAAAAUCCAACAGCCAUGUCAGAGGAAAAACCAAAGGAGGGCGUUAAGACCGAGAACGACCACAUCAACCUCAAGGUCGCGGGGCAGGAUGGCUCGGUGGUCCAGUUCAAAAUCAAAAGGCACACACCCCUCAGUAAACUCAUGAAGGCGUACUGCGAACGACAGGGACUCUCGAUAAGGCAGAUCAGGUUCAGGUUUGACGGGCAGCCCAUCAACGAGACUGAUACGCCUUCGCAGCUGGAGAUGGAAGACGAAGACACCAUAGAUGUUUUCCAGCAGCAGACGGGCGGCCGCUGCUAAGCUCCCUCCAAACCCUGUUGACAGACCCAAGCCCUCUGACAUCACCCUAUUCCAUCGCUCCUAUCAGCUAUUAUUAUUAUUAUUAUUAUUAUUGUUCAUGUUAUUCACUUAAGCUACGUCCGUUGUAAUAUUCUUUUUUCAGUGAGGUGUUUGAGGUUUUUCUGACACUUUAUGAGCGUCGGAUUCGGACCAACUAUUCAACAACUUUGUUGCCAGUGAGUAUUUUUGGAAUCGGCUAGUUUUUAGGGCGGCCGGUGUGAGCCUGCCACCGUCAACAUAUUUUUCUUUGUCUUUCUUCAUUUUUUUAAUAUUAAAUCUGACUCUCUACAGACGGUUCAGAAUGGAUGUAUCACAACUUCAAUAUGACCAAACAAGGCAUUCAAAGGAAAUUUUUAUUGUUCGCGAAGUCACUUCUUUAGUUUCUCCCUGUCCAGGGGGAGCGACAUUGCAUCUGUACCGCCAAGUAUUAAUUCACACAGUGCAGCAUAUGGAUGAAUAGAGUCAGUAUAUUAUUGUGAACUCCUCCUCCUCCUCACUUUAGUUUGUUUUUCUUUCAUAUAUGUGAAAUGGCCGACGAUGAAGAACAUUUAGUGGAAACUCAACGAUAGGUGAUGUGGACGGGUUGGGACUAGGGGCUAGUGCUCAUCUCAUUCGUUCUUCAUAUCUGAAGCUUCGGCUUAAAUUAGAAAUGCUGUAAAACGGGAAUGAAAAUACACGCAGCUUUAAACCAUGCAGAUAUAAAUCGUUUUUAAGGCUGCAACCAAGCCCCUGCCUUUUAAUGUAAAUGUACCCUUUAUUAUUAGAAAUAGAUGGCAUUGAGCCCCCGCCCCCUGUGUUCUUGUGUGUUCAGUACAUUUACAAUGGAAAGUAUCGCUCAUACUCAGUCACCAGCCCAUAUUUUGUCGUUUCUUUUUCGUUAAAACGAGAGCACACUUUAUCCCGCGCAACAAGUAAACCCCCAUCUGAGCUGGAUUUGCUAAAAAUUAAAAAAAAGAAAAAGCAAGGGGCCGAGGUCUUUUGACAUGUUUGUUUCUCUACUGAUUUGUACAUUAUUUGUGGUCUUUUACUACUGUAUACAAUAAAUAUAGUUUGGUACUCAGA